UCGCUCGUACGCUCUGUCUAAAAGCGGACUUAAGUAGUAGAGGAGGCUUGUUAUCGCACGCUACUGUCCUCGUCGUAUUGUAGUCGAACCGUAACAGCCGAACACGGUUUGAGACCGAAGAGGACGCAGCUGGACAUUGCCAUCGGGAUAUUAAAGUCGCGUGGCGUAAAUCAACUUGAGGAAUUCAUUCGUGUAAUUUCUCGUGAGUGGCAGUGAAGAGCUCACUCGCAACCCUUUUUUGCAUCAGUGAGCGUCAUCAGGUCGAGAUUAAAAGACGCUCAAGUCAUCGAUUGUUAGCUGAGAAAUCACCGAUAUUAAUCGCUAUCAGAGAAAUCUGUCAGGAAAGACGAGUGUCAAGAAAGAUAUGAUGGCAGUCGCAGCCGCCCAGAAGAACCGUGAAAUGUUCGCCAUCAAGAAAUCUUACAGUAUCGAGAAUGGAUAUCCAGCGCGAAGACGUUCUCUUGUAGACGAUGCCCGCUUUGAGACGUUGGUCGUCAAGCAGACGAAGCAAAGUGUACUCGAGGAAGCUCGACAACGAGCAAAUGACACGAAUGCCGAUCAGACAAUCACUUGUACUCAGGAGCAACAGGGACAAGAAGAGCAUUAUGUUGAUGCUUCAUCAAGUGACGACGAACAAGUAGAGUCGUUAAUUUGUGCAGCAAAGAAGGAAGAAGCGAAAGCAGAGGCUUCGGAUAGCGAUGGAAAGCCUGAUGAUGAUGACGAUAAUGAUUCCGGAUUAACCGAGGAGGAAAUUGUACUUGCGAAGACCAUAGCGGAGUCUCCGGAGAGUGAGCAUAACGUGCAGAAAGCAGCCUUGGUAUUAAGACUGCGAGAGGGCAUUGCUUCUUUGGGCAGGAUUUUGAAAACAAUCGAAAAUUUCAAGGGCGUUAUCACGCAUGUUGAAUCGCGGCCUUCGAAAAAAGAGGGUCUGCAGUUCGAAGUCUUGGUCAAGGUUGACAUGACUAGACAAAGUCUGCUCCAGCUGAUUAGAAAUCUGCGACAAAGCUCGGCCUUGGACGGCGUGACUCUGCUUGCCGACAAUUCCGUCAGCAUCAAAGAUCCCUGGUUUCCCCGUCACGCUUCCGACCUUGACAAUUGCAAUCAUUUAAUGACCAAGUACGAACCGGAUCUCGACAUGAGUCACCCGGGUUUCGCCGACAAGGAGUAUCGCGCACGUCGCAAGGUCAUUGCCGAAAUUGCUUUUGCUUACAAGUACGGCGAUCCGAUACCCAGCAUUCCUUACACCGAGACGGAGAACGAAACUUGGUCGCGCGUUUUUAUCACCGUGCUGGAUCUAGUGCCGAAGCAUGCAUGCGUAGAGUACCAGAGGGUUUUCAAGAAAUUGCAGGAGGAAAGGAUCUUUGAACCUCAUCGUAUACCGCAGCUGCAGGAGGUCAGCGAUUUCCUCAAGAGAAGCACGGGAUUCACUCUUCGACCGGCCGCCGGUCUUUUGACAGCGCGCGAUUUCUUGUCCAGCCUUGCCUUUAGGGUAUUCCAGAGUACCCAAUACAUCCGUCAUAUUAAUAGCCCGUAUCACACUCCCGAACCAGACUGCAUCCAUGAGCUCUUGGGUCAUAUGCCGCUUCUGGCCGAUCCUAGUUUUGCUCAAUUUUCGCAAGAGAUCGGUCUGGCGUCCCUCGGUGCUUCGGACGAGGAAAUCGAAAAAUUGUCGACUAUCUAUUGGUUCACGAUCGAGUUCGGUCUCUGUAAGGAAGGUACCGAAAUCAAAGCUUAUGGUGCUGGUUUGUUGUCGGCCUAUGGCGAACUCCUGCACGCGUUGAGCGAUAAAUGUGAGCAUCGAUCUUUUGAUCCGUCAACUACCGCUCUUCAAAAGUAUCAAGAUCAGGAAUAUCAACCGAUCUAUUACGUAGCUGAAAGCUUCGAAGAUGCCAAGGAGAAAUUCCGUCGCUGGGUGGCUACCAUGAGUCGGCCGUUCGAGGUGAGAUACAAUCCGCAUACGCAACGCGUCGAAGUCCUCGAUAGCGUUGAUAGACUGGAGGGUCUGAUUUCUCAACUCAACACCGAGAUGAUCCACCUUACGAAUGCUGUCAACAAAAUGAAGGCGAAACAUUUUGCGUAAGAAUAAGAUCUUCCGCAUCUUCGUUAUAAUGAUUCGAUUAUUCCUCUUGCGAACCAUCAAACCUUGAAGUCGAUCAUGUGUUUUAGAUCAAUAAUCACUUUUUUAAACUCUUUGGCGACAAUAAUUUUUGAUAAUCAACUGUGUUCCUUUUAAGAAAGUCUAAUGAUGCGUCUUUGAAUGAUAUAUUUUGAGAGUGUCUUAGCUUGAUCGGUGAUUUUGAUAAAAUUACAAAUCGAAAGAUAUUAGUUUCAAAUAAAGCGUCAAGACUUCAACUUAUAGGUUCGAUAGAGCAAUUCAUCGUUAUCAUCGUCCUUGUUCCGCUCAUCAAUUUAUCUGCCAUUGUAUAAAGUCGUUUAUUCGUAUGUUGUACGCGUGUACGCGCACCGGUUGAGCACGUAAAAAAACGACAAAUGUUUGGUGUAUACGUGAAUAUUAUUCAACGUAAUAUUGUUGGUUGCGUCAAGAUGAGAUAGAUUGCACAAAUUUAUUGAAUAAUGAAUCAUUUGUGGAUGAAGUAAUUCAUGACAGUCCAAUCUCUUGCCCUCGAGUAUUCUUUACGAGGUGCCAAAUGAGCGAAAAUACAUAUCACAAGGUUAUCUUCAUACAAAUAAGAUAAUAUCACUUUUUUCGCCAAUGGUUACGUGUAUGCGCGUAUGUGAUUCACACAUUACUAUUAUUAUUAUUAUUAUUAUUAUUAUUAAUUAUUUUAUCAUUAUUACUCCGUUUUAUUUUAUUAUAUAAUAUUGCAUUAUUUACAUUAGCAUACGUUGUUAUGCAUGAAUUCACUUAAUCCAGCAAACACUGGCAUCUGUCCCCAAUAUUAAUAGAGCAGUCUAUGUUUAGCAAAAGUUGCUAGAUGAUUAUCGAUAAGAAUUAUAUCGUAGUCUUAAGACUUAUAAAACUCGCGAGAUCGACUCUUCGUGGCGAUAGAAUUCGUUGCUCGAAUGAGCAUACAGUAUUUUCUUUUUGCUAUUAAAUUGACAGGCGACUCUAUGGACUCGUUGGACAGUCUUUCUGGACUAAUCGACAAGGAUGAGUACUUAACGAAUGUCCUUAUCGGUUUGUCGUAUUUUAUUUAGAAUUUAUGUAUACCGAAUUAAACAGUAUUUCGUAAAAGAUAAUAAUAUAUUUUUAAAUUGUGUUCUCACUUAUUGUAAGAUAGCUCGAUAUGUCGCUUCUUAUUUGAUCGAAUUCUGUGGAGAUUUUAAUCUUCGGAUAGUUACGAAAGUUAUGAAGCGACGUUGCUUUAUAGAGGCACUAUUUAGUGAGUAGUGCGAGUCCCCGCUUACGCACGCUGUGCUUUCAACCUAUCGCGCUGAUUCGUACGAAAUAAUUUUCUCGUACGUUUACGUGUGUGUGUUAUCCACCCACCCAUCCUUGUUAGAUUGUAGUGAAAAGUCGAUACUUAUGACAUGUUUCCUUUGUAUUAUAUUGUAAAAUUCUCAAAGCGUAAUAAAAAAUUAAGAUGUAAAAUCUUA